AUGGUCUUUAGCAUUCUUCUAAAAUGUUUCUCUGGUGAUAUAGAGGGUGUUCUUAGUAGGUGGUUUUCUGUUGCUACUGGAGUCACUGUUUUAAAGUGUAAUAUCACUGUUAGAGCUAUUGUUACUGGAGUUAUUGGAGCUGGGUGUGAUUUUGCCAUUGGAGCCAUCGUUACUGGAGUUAUUGAAAUUGUCAUUUUCGGUGUAACCUCAUGCCAUUGA